AUGAACAACGAAAAAUUAAUUGAACUCGUAAGAACGCUUACCGAACUAUAUGACUUGAGUCAUUCAAAAUAUUAUAGUGACAGUACAUGUAAGGAUAAAGUUUGGAAAAGUAUUGCUGAUGAACUAAAUCAAACCACUAGUGCAUGCAAAAAUCGAUGGAACAAUUUAAGAGAUCAAUAUAGGAGAGCAAUAAAACGAAACAAAACCACAUCAGGACAAGCUGCACCAAAAAAAAUUAAGAAAUAUAAAUAUGAAGAUAACUUGCAGUUUUUACAAGAGUUUUUACAAGAACGAGACACUAUUACAAAUUUAUCAUGUAAUCUUAGUGACAGCUCUGAAGAAGAUGGAAACACAGAAGAAAUACACGAUGCCCUAAACGAUACUUCUAUGAACAAUGACAAUUGA